UGCGGGUGAAGUGACAGGAAAUCCCUCUCCAGGAAACGGAACGGAUCUUGUGGAGCGGCCGCUCUUUUGCAGUUCUCUCUAUCCUCUGAGGUUUCCAUGGCGUCAAGGUUACUGCGGGUGUGCGGUGCCCUCCGAGCGGGCCGAAGUUUCCUCGGCCUAGGGCCGCUGCGCCUCUCGGGGGCUGCUCGCUGCAUGGCGGUUGGAGGUAUCCCCACUGAUGAGGAGCAAGCUACAGGACUGGAGAGGAAAAUCAUGAAGGCUUUAGAGAAAGGGGAGGAUCCCUUCAACAUGCUUGCACCCAAAAAGCAUACUGGGACAAAGGAAGAUCCCACCAUCGUCCCUUCAAUUACAAACAAAAGGAUUGUGGGCUGCAUAUGUGAGGAGGACAACAACACUAUCAUCUGGUUCUGGUUACACAAAGGAGAAUCCCAGCGCUGCCCCUCCUGUGGGGCCUAUUACAAGCUGGUUCCCACCCAAUUGCCAUGAUUUGGGCCUGCAGCUUUGCUGAGUUCUCUAUAUAUGUUUUCUGGAUACAGGGCUGAGCUAAGCAAGCUGUUUAUGUCAUGAUGUAUCACGUUCUUUGAAGCCUAAUAAAGUCUUACGACAUUG